AUGGAUGACACAUGCUUGAUAUCAAAAUUGAAGCCACUCAGAAAAUGUGCAUAUCUCUGCAGUCUAUUUGCUGCCAUCACUGGAACACCCGUUUUAGGUCCAAAAAUUGACAUGAGUGCCUUAUUAUCUGUGACCAAGGGGCAUACAUUACUGUUGUGGUUCCUCCCGCAGCGGAAACAGCCCGGAGAGCGACCAGACGAUGUGAACUGCUGUAGCUGCGGCAGCGCCAUGUUUGAGCUGUUGCCCCCACUCCUGCGCGUGCCUCCUUGGCUCCGCUGCGCUGCAGCCAUACCGGAAGAAGAGGUUGUAAAAGAAUUCAAGUUUCAGGAAGUAAAGGAGAUAUCUCAAAUAUUAUCCUCUUCAAACCCGAAGACCAUAAACAAGUUGAACGGGCUAAAUAUCACCACUAUUAGAAAGGAAAUUGCAGAUUUACUCAAAAGCAACAGAACCGAAUCAGAAAAACAGGACAAAAUCCGGAAAACCGCAUACUAUCGGAGAGAAGUUAAGCCAGCCGUUGAAGAGGUUUUAAAAACUGUUUUACACAAACCUGCAUCUGAUAUGAUUAAAAGAAUUCCCUUAAGCAACAAUACUGCUGAAAGACGUAUUGAUGAAAUGAGUUCUGAUAUUGAAAGCUUCUUAUGUAAUUAUUUGCAAACGACCCAUUUCUCUAUACAACUGGACGAGUCAACUUUACCUGAUAAUGCAGCAUUAUUAUUGGCAUAUGUUCGUUUUACUAUGAAUCAAGAAAUCUACGAAGAACUGCUCUUCGCAAGAACUUUGAUAACCGACACUAAAGAAUUUCUGGAUACUAAAGAUAAAAUUUUAAAAGAAAAUUUAAUGAAGAGGAAAACAGACAUCGCCUAUUUAACAGAUUUGUUUACAAAAUUUAAUAUGGUUAAUUUGCAAUUACAAGGCGACAGUUUAAAUUUGAUUGAAACAAAGUCCAUCUUAUCAGCGUUUCUUGCCAGAGUUAAACUAAUGAAGCAAAAUAUUGGACGGUGCGAAUUUUCUCAGUUCCCCAACUUGUCACAGACAAGCUGCCAGGAAGACGACGUUUCAACUUACGUUCAACAUUUAGAUGCCCUAUAUUCAGAUUUUGAAUCUAGGUUUGAGGAUAUUUUGACUAUGGUAAUACCACCGUGGAUAAGUAAUUUAUAUGGUGACAUAGAAGAAACGAAUGACAUAAUACAAGAGGAACUGACUGAACUAACUGCUUCAUCAGCACUAUCCUCAUCAGCAGCAUCUUCCCAUGUGCCCCCCACAUCUGCCACGCUUCCACCCACAGGGGAAAUGUCUCCCCCAUCUCCAUCAUCUGGGGGUGUGAUGUUGCCUGCACUGAUCACUGGGGAGGGACUAGGAGUGCCCCCUCUUGAAGAGGCGGGAGGGGGGUCAGGGGCGUCGACGGUGGGGGGCGGAGACCCGCCGCUAGGGUCCUCUGCUUGUUGGUCACCUGGAUUCGUACCUGGAAAUGAGUUAAAUGUAGCCAUCAGUUGA